GUUAACUGAUAUGUAGAUUUGAUUUGGCAUCGAGUUUAUUGCCCAAACCUAUUGAAGCCCCUGAGGAACUUGAUCAGUUGAUCAUGUUCCGCAUCUCUGCUCUCAAUUCGGGCCGAGGUUCAUCAGAAGCAGUAGACCCCAAUGAUGCCUCGGGUCAAGUCUUGGUGGGGCCGAGUCGUGAAGUAUUGGAAGCAAAUGCUCAUUCCAUGCAUUCUGCUGCAAUACAGCAAAUGGCUCAGUCAAAGAAUGAGCUGGCUGAAAAAAAUUUUCUUGCAGUGCUGAGCAAUCCCAUCAUCGAAAAUGCUGAACCUGGAACUGAAUUCUGCACAUCAGGAGGCAAAAAACUUCCACCUGAACUUGGUUUGAAAUAUUCCUGUUACAAGAACUUGGGCAACAUUAAAAUGGAACAAAAAUGUUACCAGGCAGCCAGCUCGUAUUUCAUUCAGGCGAUGGAGCUGGACUCGGGCGAGGUGGGCGUGAGCUAUCGCCUCGGCCUGGCUGCCAUUCAGCUGCGGGAUUUUGAGCUGGCACUUGUAGCUUUCCAAGAGGGUCUACGGGUAAGCCCGCACCACCUGAUCUGCCAGGACCAGCUGCUGUCGGUGCUGCUGGUGCUGGGGAUGCACGUGGAGGUGCUGGCGGUGGCCAUGACGGUGCUGCGUCGUCAUCCUCGUCACGUCAAGGCCCGCGCCUUCAGCAGCUACGUCCUGCACCACCUCCCGCACUGCGCCGCCCUCGCAUGCAGCGCCUACAGCCACAGCGACGUGCUGUUCUCUGCUGACGAAGACUACGACAAGGCUGCUGGGGAGCGCUUCAUAGCGACGUGCCUCGCCCUUCGUCCCGCCAUCGUGCCUCGUGAGGUGCCGCGGCGCCCUGCGGUGCCAUGCCCCUCGGGGCUCCCUCUGGCGGCGCCCCUUGGUGCCCUCACCUGGCACGACCUCGGGUCCUCGCUGCUCGCCACCCUCGACAUGCUCGACCAACAGGACCCUGUGCUGUUCACUGCUCCAGUCACUGUCGAGAAAGCACUCCGAGAUUACGAAGAAGUUCAGAAAAGAAAGCAAGAAGAAGUGGCGUCAAGAGGUAAAGAUUCAUCUCAUGAUCAAACCAGGCACAAUAAUCCAGCAUUAGGAACUGAGCCCGCUCAUGCCAGCGAUGGAGACGGAAGGGAUUCAAGGAUAAAGUCUGAAACCUCGUCUGGCCGGAGAACAAAAAUUGAGGUUGGCAACGGCCAGGACACCUUCAGACUUCAUCACCGCAACUCUGAUGAUGGAACUUCAUCGUCGACAAGCCCUGCUGCGUCUUCCUCCGUCCCAUGUGGGAACUCUCGUAGCGAGCUGGUGGAAGUCGAAAGAGUUCAAAGUCCAGGCCAAAACUCCGAGAAUAGGAAGUUAGAAGCACGUUGUCCAGCGACGCACAUGCAUGAUGAUGAGCUUGUCAAAACUGAUCCCACGGUACCCCAACUCUCCGACAGUGUCGCAAUAUCUCUUGAUAUCGACAAGCCCGGCGACACCGAGCUAGAUUCUGAUGUGAAAUAUUCUAAUCAGCUCUGUAAAGACGAAAAAGAGAUUAAUGAAAUUGCGGGAAAAAACAUUAUGGCUUCGCGCUCUCCUCAUAGCAUAGAACGCAACUUGGAUGAUGGUAAAAGAAUUGAGGUUAAAUUAGAUGGAAAUUUGCAAAAUAAUGAGGUUUGGUAUGAUUUUGAAAGUGAUAAAAAAGUCAAUUUAUAUUCCCCCGUCAUAGAAACCGAGUCGUUCAAAAGAAAACGUGAUAGCUUGGCCGAUUCAGAAUGCGGUACUGCUAAGAAAGCGCGUUCGGGAUCGACAGAAGAUGAAAUUUCUUCUAGCUCCCGGACCUCAGCAUCUGUUGACCGACGAACCAGUACUGAAACAGAUGACACGUCUCCUUUUGCCAAGCCCCUCAGCCACCCUGGUGACGGUUUACGAAGGUCCAGCACAGAAAGUGAUGAGACGGCGAUUGCAACUCAAAACAGCGACGACGACGACACCUCUGCGUCAACGAAGGCCCCAAAGUCGCGCAGCACAGAAGGUUCGGUCUUAACUGGAAAAGAGAUGGACUACGAGAACGGGGAGGCUUCAUCCGACUCAGAGGUAGAGCCUGAGGAAGAGGAACUGGGCAGUGGAACGCAAGACGAAACUGAAGAUGAGGAAGAAGUUGUCACAAAUUUCGAGGAUGGCGUUGACGAGGAAGUCGAGGAAGACUGUGACGAAGAAGAAGAUGUUCAAGACGACGAAGAUGAUGACGGGGACGAUGAAGCAGACGAGGAAUCUCAGAUUGAAGCCGAUGAAGAUGAGAACAAUAGUGACAAGGAAAUGGAAGUCGACGAGGAGUUUCAUGCAGCUGAUGACAACUCUGACCACGAGGCUAUGGACGAGACCAUAGUUGUAAACAAUUCAUUUCAAAAUGAUGACCGUGCAGAAAAUUCCGACAGUGAAGACGCUACUUCCAUUGAAGACGAUCAGACCGCAGAAGGCGACGAAGAUACAAACGACGAGGAAUUGUCCGACCAUGACGAUCAUCAUAUCCCGAGUGACUUGCAAAUGCUUAAUAACCAGAUACACGCUGCUUGCCAGGAAACUGAUAGCUUAGUUGAAGCUAUUCGGGAAGACAAAGAAAAAGCUGAUCGAGUGUCUGCUUCGCUGUGUGCUAAUGUCGGUGACGGAGAUCAGGGCUUAUCUUCUCCGAAUAUCGCUUACGGCACUGAUUACUGCUACAACAAUUCUGAUGGCAGUCCCGAAGUGGAUCAAAGUCCACGUGGAGGCCACAUGGACGGAAUAAACCCGACUGCUAUUUCAUCAAGCGAACAACAUGGCGAAUUUGAGACAGUCGUUUUUGGUUUGAACUCUGAAGGAACCGCUCGUUCGGAGGCCGUCCCAGAUUCGCAUCAAUUUAGCCCAAAGCCUCCCAAAACGUCUCAAUCUGGUCAUAGGUUUGAUAAUAACGAUUGCUCAAAUGCUUUUGUAAAAACCGAUGCUCGAACUGAGAAGGUAAAAGAGCCUGUCGAGUCACAUCAAAGUUCAUCUAAAGUUAGUGAUCUGAAGAGCAAGGCAGAAAUCAGUGAAGGCAUCGAAGAGGGAGAAAGUGCACCAAACGUUGUUGGUUCCCCCAAAAAGUCUGAAUCUGCCCAAGAGUGUUUAGAGUCUACAAAUGUCCUUAAUAACAGUCCUAACGCAAAGUCAACCCGUGAAAUGACAGUGAAUUACGAAGAGAAACGUGCUUGUACCACUGUAAACUCAGAGGAUAAUUUGUGUUCAAACUUGGGGGAAAAUGGCGAUCGCUGCAAAAUAUUGACUGAUGCCAUGCCGACAAGUGAUAAACCUCACGUAGAUUCAACUUCAUGUGAAGUUGCAGCUAAGACUGCUGCCGAUGAUGGACCUGAUAAAUGUCCUGCUUUAAGUUCACUUGAACCAUCAAAUAGCGCCCUACGACCAAAUAAUUUAGAAGAGCCACUUGAAAAUAACGCGCCAGGUACAGGCAAAACUAUAGAACAAAUAGCAAAGGUCGUCACGGAGGCAGAUGAAACCUUGGUGCAAAAUGAGAACAACGCCAGAGAUGCUGGCGAGCUUUUGGGACCGAAUGAGAAUGAGGCCACGGACGCGGGCGACACAGAAGUGCCUGAGAGUGCGACGGACAUUGAUGAUGACAUCUUAAACCAUGGCGGUUGUUCAACACCGCGUGGUAGAGGCAGACCUGGUCGUAAGCGUCGUGGUCUGAGCAACAACUCGUCGAGUGUUGGUCUAAGACAUGUCAUCCCACGACGUGGUAAGCGAGGUCUGGAGCGUGAGCUGCAGCAGCUCGACUACUGGGGGCGUAAAGCCGACGGUGGCGCCAGCAAACGCAGGAGAAGAACUGCACAAGACGGCAUCACCACGGCGCACCUACUGCGCUCCUUCGUGCCUGCCGCGCUACUGGGGACCAACACAGAGGCCAGCAACGAGGCACCAGCAGCAACACUUGCCAGCGGUGCUGCCUCGUCGCCGGACGUGGCAAAUAACACGUGCACGGAAACAAAUGUUGUGCCCGUGGUGAAUGUUGAUGCAGUGCCGCAACCUACAAAGCAUGCUGCAGUCCCUGAUGUCGAGAACGAUGAACACACAUCAGGAACAUCAAUCAGUUGUGCAGCGUCGUCUGCUAAAGUUGUGCGAGAUGAUACCAGCGCUACUGCACGCGUGCACCCCACCGCUGUCAGGACGCCGGAUGACGUGACCGCGUCUACUGAGCAACCGCCUGCCACUAGGCCUCGAAAACCCAGCGCUGACACGCAACAGUCGAGCGCUGACACGCAACAGGAUCACAUCAAGACUGAAGAGAAAAUGGUGCGUGCAUUCCUAGAGCAGCACUGCAAGAACCACGGCGUGCUCGACCUGCUCGGCCAUUUCCUGAGGGCGUUCGUGUCGGCGCGCCCCACCUGCGUCUGGAAGCCUGGUGACGCGCGCAUCCUGCUGGGGCUGUACCCGCGCUACAGGGAGACAAUACAAGAGCCUUCCCCGCUGUGCAUGAGCACAGAGCUUGUGCCAGCACUGCAGCUGCACAGCACAGUCACACUCGCCUACUGGGAGCUUGCGUUCAGUGCCAAGUCUGCCCUAAACCUGCCCCUGCCCGAGCGCUACAGGGACGACGAUGUGUCUCUGUUGUCGCUGCUGCUCUCGCGCCCCGAGAUCGUCUCUGUUGUGCCCGCGUACAAACAGCGCUUCUCAUGGCUCAUGGCGCAGCUUGAGAUGGUCAGAGGCAGGCCAGAGAUCGCUGCCCUCCACCUAAGUCAGGUGGUGGACGAGUGUGAAGACCUCGGCAUGAGCGAGCUGUGCACGCACCGCGUCGUCACCGACACCAAGAAAGUCACGCCAGCCCGCGCUCGCUCGCAGCUCAAGUCUCUUCUCAAACGUCAGCUAGUCCGUCAGGUCGAGGAUCAGUUCAGUCAGCAGAACUAUGCAGUGGUCAUUGAGGUUGUCAGCGGGGAGCUCACUGACGACGUCAGCUUCAGUGACGCUGAGCAGCGGUCUGCUCACUGCUCGCUGCUCAUCUCUGCGCUCACUGCCAUGCAGGACCAUAAGGGAGUGCUGGAGUGGGGCAGCUUGGUACUGGAGCAGGAGCUUAAUGCCUGCAAGUCAAGGCCUCCAUGGAGCGCUGCUUCCAGUGAUGAUGGAGAAGACAAUGAGGAGAAAGGAUAUGAUUUCCCGCUCAUCAGUCUCACGUUGCGCUCCAUGGAGCGCGCCAUGGAGAACCUCAAUGAUGACGGUGAAUUGAAUUGUAGUAGCUUGCUGCUGCAGCAGGAGCGUCUGUCGUGCACGCCGCACCCGCUGCCCUCCACGCUGCUGCUCGUCACCGCUCACGACGAGCUCGCCAAGCUGGAGCGGUGCUGCAGUGACGGGGGGCGGCUGCUGCUGUACAGCCUGCCGGUGCUGCUGGAGGAGCUCAGGCAGGACCUGCACACUGCGUCCUGCACCAGCCUGCUGCAGGCCCGCGACCAGGCAACCUGCUGCCUCUUCCAGCUGCCUGCGCGCCGUAAUAAGCGCGGUGUACGGGACCACGGGGGCGCGGGUGUCCCGCUCACAUACGGCCACGUGGCGCGCCUGUAUCCAUACUACCAUACAUAUGUGUUGCCUUGUCCCCAGCGCGGUGUACGGGACCACGGGGGCGCGGGUGUCCCGCUCACAUACGGCCACGUGGCGCGCCUGUAUCCAUACUACCGACCUGACGAGCUGCCGCACUUCCAGGCCGCCACGCCGCCCUCGCUCUCAGAGGACCUGGCGCUGCUCUUCAAGAGGUUCGUGGAGCUUCUCCCUGAAGAGUUUCUGGUCGUAAACAAGCUUGAGGAAGUGGAGCGAUAUUUAUCAGGUGACACAAGCGAAAUGAAGUUGAAGCAAGCCAUUGAGAACCAUCCUCUCCCUCACGUCUUCUACUUGCUGGGAGAUCAUUUCUUCAAGAACAAGGAGUGGGACAGCGCAGUAUUUUAUUAUAAGCAAGACAUUGUCAUCAAUCCUAGCCGCCUUGACUCGUGGGCAGGACUUGGUCUUGCGCUGAAGACCAAGCUGGAGACGCAACUGAAUUCCUGCGAAAUAAUCCCAGACGAGGAGAAGUUUCUUGGUCAAGUCGAAGAAGCAAGCAGAUGCUUUGAAGAAGCCCUCAGGCAGGACCCAAAUCACUCGAACCUUUGGGUCGAAUUUGCCGGUCUUGUGUACAUGACUUUCUCCCAUGCCUCCCGUCUCCUCAAGCAAGAACUGAACCCUGACAUGAGCCUCGAGAUGUACGACCUGCUCGAGAAAACCAAAGCCAAGAUGCUGGACAGAUCAGAGCAAUGCUUCAGCAAGGCACUGAAGCUCAGCGUGGAGGACGUGGCACCUGACGACGAGCGCUGGUUAUAUUAUUAUAUGCUAGGCAAAAUUGGGGAGAAGAAAACUGCACCUCCCAAGGAAAUCAUUGAGAACUACAUCGCUGCUGCUAAUGAGCUUCACCUCAAUGGUGCUCAGUACCCUUCGAAAAUUAACUACAAUAAUCCCGAGGAAUACGCCGUUGAAGCUCUAGAAAUGCAUUUCAGAAUACACAGCUACAUCAUGAAGUUUGUCGACCCAAAAGACGUUAAGCUUCCCUCAGCAGAUUUAAUAGAUUACUUCAUGUUGGUGACUGAGAAAUUGUCUAAAGGAAAUUUCGUGACCUCGACGCAGUACAUCCCAACAGAUUUCUCUUGUCUUGAUUCUCAAUCAGCUAAGAGCCGCCCUUCGCCCUCUCCACAGUUGAUACAGAAUGUUGCUUUUGUACAGUCUUUGGUUUCAGAAAUAAUGGAGAAUGCGUGCGAUGAGGCUCAAUCUAAAAACAAACCAGGCCAUCCUGAAGAAAACAGAACCACACAAUCGAACAAUACAACACAAAGUGUCAACGUGUGCAGUGAUGACGAGAUUAUGGUAGUGGAAGAGAGCAAGGAACAAAAAAGCAAGAAAAUAAUAAUAUCGCGAUGUUUGGAUGCCUACAAACUGUGCCUGGUUCGUUUCCCUCAUCACUACAAGAGCUUGUACCGCCUCGCCCACUUCUACCACACGGCCAAACUGUGCAAGGAUAACAACAAGACUCGUAACUACCUCAUAGGUAGCACCUUCUGGCAGCGUGUUGACUACAUGCCUGUCAACGGACUCUUCCACGAGCGCAGGAUCAGUUACCAACAGCCGCGCAAUUGUAAUCUGUUCCACGGCGUCUGGCGCAUCCCUAAUGAUGAGAUAGACCGGCCCGGCAGCUUCGCAGCGCACAUGUUUCGCUGCGUCUCGCUGGCUCUCGAUGUCUUGCCCAGCGUCAAGGAUUUCCAGACCACGUUCGAUAUUGCGCUUGCACUGAAGGUGUCUCCUGAAAAAGAUAAGAAAUAUUUGCGUGAAAAUGAAAGACAAUUACUUUGUGAGCAUGCAACUCAGGUUGGCCUUCAAACUGUCAAGGAUAAAUUCAGAAUACUAUUCAAAACCAACGCCGUGAUUCAUAGAAAUCGAAAAAUGGCCUUCUUGUCCGAUGUAUAUGGAUGUCACCGUUAUUUGAGUCGCCAUCUUGGAGAAAUUGAAUCAACAAUUUCCUCCCUUCUUUCCCAGACGUACGCAGCCUUAGAAGUCGUUACUGGAGAUCCUGCGACGUUGUUGCGCCAAGCCGAAGCUUAUUGCCAGGCUCACCACAUGGGCAACCUGGCUUCCAGAAGAGGAGGACAGCAAAAAGCGAAUGCAAUUCUUCUUCAAGCAAAGCGGCCAUCGAACGCUUUGCUACUUCACCAGCAACAACAAAUGCUUAAGCCUUCGCUGGUGGAGCCUGUGAAAACAGGAGGUAAUCGUCAGGCUUGUGUGCCAUUGCUAUCAGGACCCAAUGCAUCAGCGAAGGUCUCAGAGGCUGACGUCACACAUCGCAAACAAGACUCCGCCAGUGGAAAUCCCAAAAGUAUUCUUGCCAGCGAUAGGCAGCCUCAGAAAUCCUCUUCAAAGCUGGAAGCCAACAAUACCAAACCUGUCAGAGCUAAUCCAGCAACAGAUGGUAAUGUGCCCAAGGCGAAUAUGCCGGGUAGUUCUGGCUCAUCUUAUUCAUCGAGCCAGUCAGCCAUGAAUGCUUCUAACCGUUCCUUGGCCACCCCACAACCUCGGUCAACUGCUGCGCCCGUGCCCCGCUCCAGCGCCACCGUCCUGCCUCGAUCAGCUGCGUUCUCCCGAAGUCAAGCCAAUUCUUCCUCCCGAAAGCCAUCUUCCGUUCCAUCCCCAAACAAAACUCCUGCAAAUUCCUCGUCGGCUCAAGCCACAACUUCUUCGUAUGAUUCCAAAAAGUCACAAGUUCUCGCCUCAAAAACAGGUUCAGCGAACAAAGUGCAAGAUUCUGCCUCUAUGCAGCUGCCCGCAAGUAGUUCCGACGAUCAAUUGAUUCGUCAUGCAUACGGAGUGUAUGAAAAACUAAUACAAUUUCAAUCUAAAGUCAGUGCUAAAGGCAUUGAUACUGCAACCUAUAACUUGUACAAGUCUCAGCUUGACAACUACCAGGCUCAAUUAUUGCAGUUAUUAAAAGUACCUGUUGUUUCUCAAUAUUUCCAACAGUCUCUGCAAAAAAUGCAAAAUACUGCCGCUAAAUUGCCUCCCCCUCCAAAGACUGUACCUACAGCUACAGCCGCGAGCGGGCGGGCUUCUCAAAAACUCCCAACUGCAACUUCUUCCCGAACCUCGUCCAGCGAUAUUAUCGUGGAGAAAUGUGUGCGCAAGAGCAACCCGAUGAACAAGGAAUCAGUACCAAAACCCAAUCCAUCGUCCAGCAGUUCUACCUCCCAAAAAAACAUACCACCUCAGUCUCAGCAGAAACCAAGCCACCCAGUUGCGCAAAAGAAAUCGUUCCCGUCGAAUAAUUUCCAAAGUUCCACCUAUCAGAUGGCCAUGAGUAGCAAACCUCUCCCGCGUUUGCCCAAAGGCCUCUCAGUCACGGUUUCUCCGUCAAAAGAAAGUGAUCCUGUGAGAGCACUUCCGACGUCAAAUAAAAGUAUUUCUCUGAAUCCAGUGCGACAGGCACCUCUUGGUGCGAGUUCUUCUUCAAGAGCAUCUUCUUCUAAGCCUUCUCCUUCUAGCUGCGUUCAGCUGAACCCAGAGCAGCUGAUGCAACUGGCCUACGGCAACGCUAGCGCUGCUACCUUCUCCUCGCCAUCACCUUGGGCCAGCGGCAAACAAGCGACUCAGCCCUCGCCCAAGACAUCGCUAAGUUUGGAUGCGCACGCGCGACAGUUCUACAAAAAUAGUCCUAACACUAAUCUUGCCUUGGUGUCUAAUAAAAAACUUCCAGCAUCAAGAGCGAAAUCCUUAACUGUUGCUCAAAAACUCCAGCAUUUGCGCACUCAACAGCCUUCUGCUGAGCAGAGGAAUAAAUCUAAAGAUCAUCUAAAAUCAAAUACAUCUGUCGGUGACUCUGACGAUGUCAUCACGUUAGAUUAACAUAAUUGAAUAGAGCGUAAUCUGUUUCAUUUUGGCAUUGAUAAUUCUUUUUUGUUCGCGGAAUGAUGUCGUUUUUUCAGCUUAUUAGCUAUCAAUUUACCUGUAACAAUUCAAUAUUUGGAUUUCAGACAUGUAGGUGAUUACCCGGUCGAUUUCCCGCUCUUUGAUGAAUUUCGAUAACGGAACGGUCAUAUUUUAAUUUUAUUUUUUAAUUUUAAUUUUCAUAGUUUUUGAUUUAUUUCAUAAUUUUUGUAAAAAGUUUAAAUAGGUAUUCAAUUUUCUUUGAGCGUUUAGUCGUCAUUUGUUUGCGAUGGUUGAGAGACCGCGGCUCGCUGCCCAGUUCUAUCAUAAACCUUAACAUAUCAAUUUGUAGCCUGAGGAAUGAAAUUAGAAUGCCGGGCAUUAGCGACACCUUGUCUGUUCUCGAUAUUUUUAUAGGUUCAUUAUUUAUUUCUGUUUUUUUUUUCAUUCGUGUUGUUCCAAUUUAGCCCAAUGAAUAUGUCGCAAUUUUUUUAUUAGAAAUUACUCAUAAUUUCCUAAUAUAUUCCGUAUG